GUGAAGUAAACAUUGAAAUCCACAUCUGAUUCUGAAACUUUUCAAAACGCAACAAAAAUGUCGACAAAACGGAGGACCAGACAGAAUAGCAAACGAGUAUUUCAGCUGUCUGGCUUUGCUGAUGUGGAAAGGAAGGAAAUGGGAAAGAUGAUCACGAGAUUGGGUGGAAUCGACUUCGAUUCUCAGAGUUUUAGGGCAAAUUGCACACAUAUUGUGUGUAAGAAAUUAUCAAGGAGUGAAAAAUUUCUUGGGGGAUGUGCUACUGCCAUGUGGAUCUUGCAUCCAAGUUACAUCCGAGAGUCAUCAAAGAUGGGCCAUUGGCUUGAUGAGAAAUACUUUGACUGGAGCCAGAUUGAUACAGCUGAUGCAAAAAAUGUCCCUGCAGAUAUUAAGGAAGCACCUCGAAGAUGGCGCUAUCUUUUUGAAGUUUUUGGAACAACUGCAUUUGCUGGCUGGAAAACUGCUGUAGUUGUCAGUAGUGCAAAAAAGGCUUCCGUGUAUAAAAGUUUACUGCAUAGUGGUGGGGCUCAGGUGUACAACCUAAAACUGCCUGUCACACAGCCAGAGAAAGUGACCAAUACCCUGACCUAUGUAUUUGCCAAUGAUAAGUGUGCUGUGCACGUAGCUCACCUCAUAGAGUUUGGUGUGCUUUGUCUACAACCAGAUUACAUAGGUGACUACCUCAUCAAGGAUCCCCCUCCUGAUCCACUGGACUAUUUAAUAAAUGUUUCUGAGGAUUCCAUAUUCCUGGAUGUAUCUCAGAAUGACAGGAAUAGUCAGAUGUCAGAUCUAGACCUCACUCAGUCUGGACCACCUAGUAGUGGAAACUCACCAGGGAAAAAGUACCUGUCUCUCCCAGGCCUUACUGAUACAAGUAGUCCUGUAUUAUUACCUCUAUCCACCACCAACAACCAGUUAACAUCAGUGUCAGACCAAAGUCAGAGUAGACCACCCAGUAGUCGCAGGUCACAGGAUAAAGGGAAUCUUUCUUCCUCUGGCUAUAGUUGUUGUCCUAAACAACUUUUACACCAGCCUGAUGAUACUGCCUCUAAUAGCCAAGUAACUUCAAGAACAUACAGAGGAACAAGAAGCAAAAGCAAGGAAGUACUUCCUUCUGUUUGUAUAGAAGUAAAUGUACCUAAUCCCACUCAGCCAGUCCAACUCAGCAACCAAAAGAAACGACAGUUUAGUGAAAUCCUAGGAGUUGAAGAUGCACUGAAGCAACUAAAGAAACUUAAAGUUUCUGAGAGAAGAUUUCUUUGGAAGCCUGUCAGAUGUGUGUUGACAAAUAAUGAAGACCAGCAGCAGCAUGCUGUAAAUGAAAGUCUGGCCAUCAAGUCUUACACAGUUCUGAUGAGGUUAUUACAAGUACACCCACCAACAUCUCCACUCUUCACUGCCCUGUAUAUGAAGUCAUUGACUUUUGCAACUGAAGAGAUAGAAGAUUUAAACAAGCCUUGGCAGUUUAUCAAAAGUGUUACUCAGAAAAUCAUAGAAACACCAAAGGAUUCUAGGAAUCAUGAUUUUAAUCACAAUAUCAUGCUACUGAAGUUCCUGGUUGCUUUACUGGAACAAAAUUUCAAGUUCUGUCUGCAAAGAUAUACUGAAAAUGAAACCAGCACCAAGAAGAUGGUAGGUUGUAUGGUCACUCAGGUACUUUGGCCGGGAACUUCCCAAUUCAUCGUCAAUAACAAGUGCCAUGAACUCCUGGCUUCUCUGAGCAGCUGUCUGUCAAGUGAAUUAGACAUGAUGCAGAAGAUUCAGAUAUUGCCAUUGCUACUGAGUCUGAUAUCGAUGGCUGCAGAAUGUUGUCGACUGACAGAGAAUCUCUUUAGUGACCAUGUUGACAGCAUUCUGACAACUAAAGAGGAAAGAGCGAUUGCAUUUAUACAUGAGUUGUCACGAAAUAUAGAUGUGGGCCACACAGAUGAACAGUUGUUGGAAAUGAUCCUUCACUCCCUUCAGCCAGCCUGGUUAUGCCUUAGUGUGUGUCUUCUCUUACUCAACAAUAUGGAUGAUUACCUGGUGCUGGAAGGGGUCUCUAGGGACAGCGUUGAGAGGAUAUCUCUACACACUAUCGUGAACAAAUACUUUUUCCUUCUGCCAAAACUUCACCUGUGUAAGGGGAACAAUUCUCUGAGGCCAAACACAUCUGUCUUUACUCUGAAGAAAACAACAGAAGUAAAAGAAAAUGAAAGCAUUAACCUCUCUAAAGAGAACAAAGCUGUUAGGAAUGCUUGUAAGGCAAAUAAGCGCAACAUAAAAGGGGAGACAGCACUUCAUAGAGCCUGUAUCAGAAACGAUGUGUUCAGCUUGAGAAAACUGCUCAAGAUUCCAGGAAUAGACAUCAAUGCUAAAGACAAUGCUGGCUGGACACCUCUCCAUGAAGCCUGUAACCAUGGACACAUACAGUGUGUGAAGGAACUACUGAACUUUGUACCCUCAAAAACAGUGGGCUCUUUCUUCAGUUCAGGAGAGAAUCUUUGUAGAAAGGCAGACCUGUUACUAAGUAAUACUGAGGGAGUCACUCCCCUACAUGAUGCUGUCAUGAAUGAGAGACUGGAUGUGUGUUGUCUGUUGCUUCAACAUGGUGGUUGGCCACUUCUGCAAAGUAAGACCAUCAAUAAUCUUACCCCCCAGGACCUGGCAGUAACAACAAAUAUGAGGAACCUGCUGCUUUCUUUUGAAAAAGAGGAACAUAUCAUUAGUUCACAAGGCAGCAACUGUUCUCAGGACAGUCAUGGGCCAAGUGAUUACCUUUAUGACAAGGUACUGGGACAAGAGGGAGCAGAACAGUGUAGCAACCGCGAUGAUUGUGCUAAAUACAUCUGUUUGGUGACUACCACAGUCAGAUCCUAUCUUGAGGCAGCUGAUAUCUCAACACUAAUCUCCCUCACUAGAAGCAUGGAUCCCAGCACAGGAGGCAUUUCAUCACUUAGUGACAGUAUGGUACCUGUGGAAGGGGGUGUGUCCUCCUCCAGAGAUCCCAGCACAGGAGGCAUUUCAUCACUUAGUGACAGUAUGGUACCUGUGGAAGAGUGUGUGUCCUCCUCCAGAAAUCCCAGCACAGGAGGCAUUUCAUCACUUAGUGACAGUAUGGUACCUGUGGAAGAAGGGUGUGUGUCCUCCUCCAGAGAUCCCAGCACAGGAGGCAUUUCAUCACUUAGUGACAGUAAGGUACCUGUGGAAGGGGGUGUGUCCUCCUCCAGAGAAGGUGUGUCAUUGCUGACAGGAGUGGUCAGUGUAUUAAAAGGAGUUACUACCAGUAACACCAAUGAUUGUGAUUUCAAACAAUCAGCAGGAAGUAAAAAUGUAACAUUAGAAAAAGGAAAGCAGGGGUUGACCAACAUUAAUACUCAUUUAGUCGACAGAGUGAAGUCAGACUUGAGGAUUGUAAAAAAAUUAGACCAAUAUGUCCAGCAAUUUGAAAAUCAUGUGAUGAGAAUAAGUUGUCCAGUCGACCAUGCACCACUAAAAUUUCAGAUCAUGUGUUUGUGGUGUUUAGCAGAGUCCAGUGGUAAAUGUAAAUCACAGAUAAUUCCUUAAUACAACCAGACUGUGAUGUGGUACAAUUAUAUAGUUAUCUGGUCAAAUAGGUUUCAUCAAAAAUCACCUGAUAAACAUACGCUUCAGGUUGUUAGCACAAUUGUAUAUCGUAUUCAGAUGUCAAGAUCUUUUUCGUUACUUUUAUAUAUAUUGCUUGCGCCAAAAUUAUUGAAGCAUUAUAACAUGCGUUCAGAUAUGGUCUAAUGAGGUCUUUACAGAAAACUUCCUUCCAAAAAUACCAAGUUUUCAAUUCUUUCAUGUGUUGAGACAGGUAUGUGUUUCAGGUAUUCAAAGUCAAAGAAAAGUUUCUAAUAAUUUUUUGAAGUGUUUCCAAAGUUUUCAUAAUAAAUGUUGAAACAAUAAGUUUUUUCUUUAUUUCUAA